AUGAAAGCCGCACGUGCUGUGCGCAUGCCGCGUGUUCAGGGCACUGCUCCCCGGAAUGGUAUGCGACUUGUGAGCGGUACUAGCAACACCAAGUCCUCCGCCGCCGCCACCACUUUGCUGGAUCCUCUGUCACCAUCAUCCACCUCUUCACCACCCCGUAAGGCGCUCAAGGCGCCUCUUGCAAAGCUUCCGCUUUCCUCAGUCCUGCGGUCUCUCCUGAUCCUCUCGGUGUCGUCCUCAUCGCUGCUUCUCAAGCCAUGCAUCUUUGCUCUGUCUCAACUCGCACAUCCUCGGUCAGCGCUACUGGAUGUUUCCAAGAACCCGUUGCUGAACCUGCUCGUCAAGCACACCAUCUACAAGCAGUUCAACGCUGGCGAGAAUAAGGCUGAGGUGCAGCGGGCCAUUCACAACAUCAAGUCCCUCGGCUGCCGCGGCGUCCUUCUGGGGUAUGCCCGUGAGGUUCUCGUGGGUGAGAACCAGCAGGUCACUCGGGACGAGAAGGCCGCUCUUGCCGAGAUCCAGACAUGGUUGGACGGCACUCUGCGGACCGUCGACAUGGCGCAGGAGGGGGACUUUGUGGCUUUGAAGUUUACUGGAAUGGGCAACGAUGCCUUGAGUCUGUUGCAGAAACAGGCCGACCCUACCCAGUUCAUGGACGACUCGAUCCGAAAGGUCUGUGACUUGGCCAUCUCCCGCCGUGUGCGCCUGCUCGUCGACGCGGAGGAGCAAGCUGUGCAACAUGGUAUUGAGGCCUGGAUCAUGAAGUACCAGAAGUACUGCAACUCCCAGACCCCCGGCCGCGCUAUCUUCUAUGGUACUUACCAGGCUUACCUUCGCUCCACGGGUGAGACUUUGGCUCGUCACCUGGAAAUCGCCCGUCGUGAGGGAUACACACUCGGUGUGAAGCUUGUCCGAGGUGCCUACAUGAAGACCGAACCCCGCCACUUGAUCUGGGCCGAGAAGGAAGAGACCGAUCGCUGCUACGACGAAGUCGUUGAGGCUCUUCUGACCCGCAAGUACAACUCUAUGCUGAAACGCCCCUCCCCGGAAACCCCCGCCGAACUCCCUCCUGUCAACCUGAUUAUCGCCACUCACAACCGUGAGUCCGUUCGCAAGGCCCACGCUAUCCGUGUCCGCCAGGCGGCCCACGGCGAGGACUAUGGUGUCGAUCUUAGCUACGCUCAGCUGCAGGGUAUGGCCGACGAGGUCAGCCUGGAGCUUCUUGAAGGUUUCGAGGAUGCCGAGGCCGAGGUGGGCAUGAGCCCAGUUGCUGCCCCCAAUGUCUUCAAGCUUUUGACCUGGGGCUCUGUGCAAGAGUGCAUGGGCUUCCUCUUGCGCCGUGCCGUGGAGAACACCGAGGCGGUUGGCCGUACCAAGGACUCUCAGAUUGCUAUGAUCAACGAGUUGAAGCGCCGCUGCCGCAACGUUUUCGGAGGGAGCAACUAA